GCGAAUUUUGGCCCUUUCAGUGCCGAUCUAUUCGUCGCGACGCUGGCAGCUGCGACGCUCCAACUUCCCCAACAUUGCGGACAAGGUCGUUUCCCCUUACAUCAAUAGCAUCCCAUACUAACUUGUAGCAUCCCCCAAAGUUCAACCGCGGACCUUUCUCGCGUUGUUUGUGCAGUGUCUCACUUGAGUGUUGAUCAAGUCAUCAGAAUGUAAGUGGACAAUUUCUCGAUUCUUUGAUUGAGCAACAUUUGGGCCCUAAAGCUCCUGUUGCUGCUGGAUCGGGGCGAUUGCGAGUGAACGGGAAAUCGACAAUCCCGAGCUUUUUGGUCGAAUUGUGGCUUUUAAUGCCGAAGGCAAAUCGCAUUGAGUCAAGACCACUCUUAAAAUAGAUUGCCACGAGUUUAGGAAAAAUCGCAGAAACACAGUUCCGCUUGGUACAUUAGGCGUAGUAGAACAGUGCGGCAUUCCUGCGAUACUAUGAAGAUUGGAUUUGCUUUGGAUCGCCUCACUUGCACUCCUGGAUAGCGUGGAAAGCUUUAAUUGAAGUCAUCUGGUCUCCUGCUGUUUUUUCGAUAAUUUCAACAGAACCGAGCAGUGAUUCAGCUUGCAGGAUCGGUGAACAUGUGCAGGGUGGAAUGAGCCAACAGAGCGGAUUUUGUCCUCACUUUGAUCAUGUAUUUGUUAUGAGAGGUGAAAUGGAGGUGAAGGAAGUGCGUGAUGGCUGGGGAGCCAAAUGGCUCAUCACAACAGGAAAGCAAUAUCACCAGUACUACAGCAAAAUCGAUCCUCAGCAGCAGUACGACUGACCCGAGGGAAUACUACAAGACCUACGAUGUUAUGACCGGGGUUCGCAUCGCUGCCACUCUGGGCAGUUUCUUCGGCCUGAUGGUACUUCUCGUGUUAUAUAAAUCAAAAUCCAAGACUGAAAAGGCACUCGAAGAUCCCAAUUUUACGGCAGCUGCCGUUGCCGAAGUGGAGGAGGAAGAACGCCAAAUCCAGCUAGCUCUAGAAGCGAACGCCUACGAACAACUGAAUCCCAAUCCUAGACGAUCCAGUCGCAAGUCUUUGGAUAUGUCAAUGGGAUCGCAAGCACGAAGAACUUCCAGACGAUUUUCAUCUGUAGCAGGAUACAGUAGUCUAAUAGAGCCGUCAUUGAAGGCAAGCCUCCGAUUGCCCUGCUUUAUCGAUGAGGAUUCGCUCCCUGAGGACGGCGCCUCAAUCUACGACGAGGUUUACUUCAAUAGCAAUCUAGACGUGCCAAGACGUCCCAGUAACAUCACGUGCUCUUCCUCAGGCAGCUCCUACUUGGAGAGGCGCGACUCUGCUGUGACUUUGGGCAUUCCGGUGCUGCCAGCCCACAAGUACAAAUCAUCGCGCCGACAAUCCUCUCCAGUUCCGGAAAUCUACGACUUUUACUAUCCCAUCGACAUUCUAGUCACGCAGCCAACCCCUGGGGGCUCGCCCUGCGGCAGCGAUCGCGCCCUUUACGACCGCGCUGUCGAUCAACCGAAUUUAAAGCCCCGUUUGGCCCCGCUGGCUUCCAUUAGCAGCUGCAAUAGUUCUUUAGGUACGGACUAUCCAGAAGAGUGCGAGGGUCUCUCGUAUGUUUGCGAUACGUAUCCGGACGAGGAUGAAAACACGGAAAACGGCGUGGAUCCCUUCGACACCGACAGUGAUGUGAAUAGUGAGGAGGGCGCGUGUUACGAUAAAAGAACUACAGUGUGUGUUGUGUCGAAUGAAUCGUCGCCGACCAUCACCAACGCCAGCAAAAGGGCUUCCCUAGAACCGGCGAUUCCUGGUAGCAGCAGAACGUCGAAAUCGUCAUCCACUUUGUUUGAGGGUGGGCUUCCGCAGAUUUCAGUGGCCGACGUCCACAGACUGUCGGCUUCCAGUAGCAAAAUCGACAAAAAGUGUUCAUGGGCGCAGGAGACUCUGUUCUAAUCACGCGCCCUUUUCAAUGCUAAUUCCCGUCUUCCCGAUUCAAUAAUCAAAAACUGAAUCAAACUCAGCGUAUUUUUCUGCUCUGCAGUACUAGGAACGCCCCAAUUUCGCUCGUUCAAAGUACUAGAUACCAUCGAUAUACCGUGUAGCCUUAAGCGUUUUCUGUUCAAUGUUGCUACAGUGUUGCUCUAGUGUAGAUUAUUUUCUUAGUUGAGACCUUCAAUCUAGCAAUAUACAGGGUGGAAUUAAAUUUUGUAUCUGAAAUUUUAUUUUUAUAACGUUUAUACGCUCCUCAGCCAGGGCAGUUGAGUCAUUUCAAUCUUACCCAUUAUUGAUUCAUUGGUUUUCUUACCUAAUUGCGACUUUGGUGACUUAAACUAGUUAAACGAUAAAUGUCUAGGUGGUAAGCAGUUAAGAGUAUAUAAAAAUAAAACACUAGUUAGGCAGGGUAAAUUACGCAAAAAACAGAUUAAAUCGGUGUUAAUAUUUUUUGUAAGAUGUAUCUACGUAUCGAGCGAUCAUAUGUAUAACACAAUAUGUUAGUGCAGUGACGUAGCUAUAUUUUUAUCAUCUCUAGGUGGUUGUUGUUGUUGUUUUGAUCAGGGAGACAGAUUUUAAGCUAAAGCCAAAAACCCAGUAGUACCCUUUCCUUGUACAUACAAGAUUCGGGAAAUUCGCCAAAAGUUCCAAGUAUUUUUUUUGUAUCAUUUACACUUUGGAAAUGCUAAAACAUGAAAAUUCACCAAAACUAAGAUUAAGCCGCCCCUGGGUGCAGCACACGACAUAUCCAAUAGGCGUAAUUUCCAAAUGUUUUUUAUUUGCCAUAAUUGUACCUGUACUUUCAUUAUGUUCAAUAAACUAGUUGUUUAUCAA